AUGAAGGCUGCUCGGCGACUCUACGCCACUAUCUCGUCCGGCAAUGAUGUGAAGGGCAAACCUUUCCUCACGCUUGAACAUUUCGUGCAACGUAGCCGAGCGCUUGCCCUGUGGCGGGAUAUUGUUCGCUCAAUUCACCAGCUUCCAAAAUCUUCGACGCGCGAGGAACUUCGAACCUUCGCCCGGGGCGAGUUCGAACGGAAUAAGUUCGUGCAUGACCUUGGCCAUAUCCGCUACCUAAUCUCCACUGGCAAGACGCAGUUCGACAGUAUGCGACGGUACCUCGAGCAGAACGCCUUGUAG